AUGGCCUUUUCCCCUGUCUGCACUCUCCCUUUCGCUUCAAAUCCAGACAUUGAUGGCAUAGGAAUACGUGUUGCGACUUAUCUACAGCUUUUCAUAGGUAUAAUCACUCUCGCUGUCUCUCCACGUAGGGCUGUCGACUCGUGGUGGGCUGCUAUAGUAACCUCCCUUGGGCUGCAGAUAGCUGCAAUCGUGGAUUACAAGCAGCUGUCGCUGUAUCAUGCGCUCAUUGUAACUUGGCUCGCUUUCCCCGUUCUCGUCAUGUCAUCCUUCUACGGGUUCUUGUCAUGGACGGAACGACUCUCUUACGAGAUCAGGCUGGGCAUUAGUGUGCAUGGGGUCACAUAUGUCGCGGUCAACCUAUGGAUAUGGAUCACUGCGCACUCUUUUGGCGUCCAGAGUGAAUGCAAUGAUCAGGUCAAGUUUGCGUUAUUUGUGCUCGCAAGACCAACAGGAUGGAUACGUUACUUAGUCCUUUACAUACUUGGCGUGUGGACCCUUGCAAUUGUUGUCCCAUCUACUGUCGGGGUGGUUUUUCUAUGUCUUCGCUUCGCCGCUCGCUUCCACCCGGCCCUGCGAGCCUGGUUUGAUGCCAGCCCGACACCCAUAUUCACACGAAAGCCUUCCCUCAAUGCCGUUGUUGCUGCGCUGACAGCACUCAACCUCUUCUCUCUGGUACUCAGCACAUGCAUGGUUGAGCUAAUGGUAUCCUCUAACACAGAUAUCGUGGAGGGUGGAAACGAUAAAUGGACCUUCGGACAGGUCAUAGCGAUGAUUCUAGUGGCAGGGCCUUUGGUAACCCUUUGGAAGACAGUAUUGGAGGAAAUGAGACAUGUGAAGGGGGAUUCGUUGGAGCAUAGGCCCGCAGCCGCGUUAUUAAAUAUCAUAAAGAUGAAAUGGGGGAAUAUGAGGACCAGGGGAGAUGAUCUGGAGAGGCGAGUCAUUGUCAUUUGUUUUUGA